CAACCAUUGGCCGAUUGGUUGCCGGGCCGCGGGCAAGGUGGAGCGCGCGAAUGGCCGCUCGGGGCUGCCAACCCUCUUCUGGGACACGAUCUGGGUCCGCUGCAUCUGUCCUGGGCUCUAACUGCCGCACCGUUCGUUCUCUCCAGACUCUCCAUGGGUGGCACGUUUUCAAUGACUUGGGCUCGACAUCUGGAUGAGUCCAUGGAGGAAAUCACGAAAGCGCUCCAGCAAUAUAUAAUAUCUUGCCUGUUCCCACCCGGAUCCAUGCAUCAUCGAACAGACCAUCCCUUCUCCUCAUCACCACCAUCCUCCUCCCAACCCCUCGUCUCAGGACAUUAGCAAAAGGGGAGUCCUCAACCCACCGUCCCCGGUCCUCCUCAACGUCCGCGUCGCCACAACAUGGGCUUCAAAUUCGGCCUGGGAGGCUCUCAGGAGCCAACGCUGGACGAUGUCCACGCUCAGCAGGAUCGUCGCCCUUCAAUCGCUGAAGUCACCGAGAACCAAGUCCGCCGCAAGAGCGUCAGCGACAAGCAGAUCACCGGAGCCUCACAGAUCACGCUGAGGCAGUCCAUCGUGCCCGUCGCGCUGGUCACGAUCCUGUUCUUCAUGUGGGGCUUCGCGUACGGCCUGCUGGACGUCUUGAACAGCCGCUUCCAGGUCGCGCUGGACAUUACAAAGGGACAGUCCUCCGGGCUGCAGGCGUCGUACUUUGGCGCCUACUUCAUCGGCCCCCUGACCUACUCGGGCUGGUUCGUCCGCAAGUUCGGAUACCGCUACACAUUCAUGCUCGGCCUAGCAAUCUACUGCGUCGGCGCGCUCAUGUUCUGGCCCUCGGCCGUCUACCGCUCCUUCGGCGGCUUCUGCGGCUCCCUCUUCAUCGUCGGCUCCGGGCUCUCCACCCUCGAGGUCUCGGCAAACCCGUACAUCGCCGUCUGCGGCCCGCCAAAGUACUCGGAGUUCCGCCUCGAGCUCUCCCAGUCCUUCCAGGCCGUCGGCUCCGUCAUCGCGCCCAUCCUCGCCUCCCGCGUCAUCUUCAAGCACGUCGGCACCGACGGCAAGGACCUCGGCGCCGUCCAGUUCGUCUACCUCGGCAUCGCCGCCUUUGUCGCCAUCCUCUGCGUCGUCUUCUACUUUGCGCCCAUCCCCGAAAUCACAGACGCAGACAUGCAAGAUCAGACCGAAAUGAUCGCCGCCCCUGGCCCCGACGGCACUACUCCCGCCGCAACCGACAAGCCCUUCCGCAAGCAAUACACCCUCUUCUGGGGCACCGCCGCGCAAUUCGCCUACGUAGGCGCCCAGGUGGGUAUAGCAGGCUACUUCAUAAACUACUUCGCCGAAGCGAACCCCCAACUCACCACCACCCAAGCCCACAUCAAAGGCGCAGACUUCUACGCCAUCGCCCAGGCCCUCUUCGCAGCAGGCCGCUUCGCCGCCGCAGCAGCAAUGUUCGUCUUCAAACCCCGCUACGUCCUGCUCGUCUUCCAGACCCUCAUCAUGGUCUUCAUCAUCGCCGCCAUCGCCGUCAACACCGGCUCCCCGACAACGCCGAACUGGGGCGGUCUGGCCAUGCUCAUGCUCGUGCUCUUUUUCGAAUCCUGCAUUUUCCCCCUUAUUCUUACGCUUUCGAUUCGGGGGCUGGGUAGGCAUACGAAGCGGGGGGCGUCGUUUGUGGUUGCUGCUGUGUCCGGCGGCGCGGUUGUGCCGGCUAUCUUGGGCAAUGUUUCGGAUCGGAUUGGGGUUAGGCGGGCGAUGGUUGUGCCGUUGGCGUUUUUUGUCGUGGCGUGGUCGUUUCCGAUUUAUUUGAAUUUGUGUAAGGGGAGGGAGUUGGAUGCGUAUACGCAUUCUACUGUUGGGUUGAAGGGGGAUGGGGACUUGAAGGGGGGUUGGGGGUUGGGGGUUGGGUUAAGGGGUGAGAGGGACUGGUUUGGGGGGUUUGUGGGUGUGGAUGUGGAUAUAUAUACCUCUGCUGAAAUGAUGGGCGAUGACGGAUGA